CGCCGCCGCCGCCUCCUCCUCCGCCGCCUCCGCCGCCAUGCGCCGCGUCGUCCGAGCUCUCCGCCCCUUCCAGACGCUAGCGUCCCCGACCACCCACCUCCCUCCCCCCAUCCUCCGUCUCCUCUCCACUUCCUCGUCCGCCGCCGGCGCCUCCUCGGACUCCGACUCCGCCGCCCCUGAAGCUGAUUUCAACAGCGCCGACUUCUCCCUCCCACCCUCGGACCCCGCCCCCGCCCCAGCCUCCGCCGCACGCGCGCGCAACCCCGUCUCCGCGCUGCGGAAGCUCCGCUUCGACCCGUCCCUCCGCGCGCGCGCCGACGAGGCGCUCUUUGGGGAGAAUAAUGCGGGUAUGCGGGUGCAGGACCCGGUCGAGGAGGAGCGGUCGCGGGAGGUGGCGCUAGCGCUCCUCGAGGCGGCCAUGGAGCCGCCCGACGAGGACGAGGAAGAGCCCGGGGAGGUCAGGGAGGAGGACCAGAUGUCGCUCUCCGUCGGGAUCGUCGGCGCGCCCAACGCCGGCAAGUCGUCGCUCACCAACACCGUGGUUGGCUCAAAAGUGGCUGCAGUCUCCCGCAAGACAAACACAACAACUCAUGAGAUUUUGGGGGUUCUCACAAAAGGAAAAACUCAGAUAUGCUUUUUUGAUACCCCAGGGCUCAUGUUAGGGCACCAUGGACUUCCUCAUAGGGAUGUCACAGUUCGUGUGGAGAGUGCCUGGAGCUCAGUGAACCUCUACGAUUUACUAAUAGUCAUGUUUGAUGUCAACAGGCAUCUGAAUAUGCCUGAUUCACGAGUAAUAAAGUUAAUCAAACGAUUGGGUGCUGAAGUAAAUCCAAACCAGAAGCGCAUAUUAUGCAUGAAUAAGGUUGAUCUAGUGGAAAACAAAAAAGACUUGCUGCAAGUUGCAAAGGAAUUUGAAGAUCUUCCUGGAUUUGAGAGGUACUUCAUGGUAUCUGGACUAAAAGGCAAAGGAGUGAAAGAUCUUGUUCAAUACUUGAUGGACCAGGCAGUGAGAAGACCUUGGGAUGAGGAGCCAACCACAAUGACUGAAGAAGUCAUGAAAACCAUAUCAUUGGAGGUUGUGCGGGAGAAGAUGCUGGAUCAUAUUCACCAAGAAAUCCCGUACGUAAUUGAGCAUCGGCUGAUGGAUUGGAAAGAGCUAAAAGAUGGUUCUCUUAGGAUAGAACAGCACUUCAUUGCACCAAAGAACAGCCAGCGUCAGAUUCUUGUUGGAAAAAAUGGCUCUAAGAUCGGGAGAAUCGGUAUUGAAGCCAAUGAAGAGUUGAGGUCCAUAUUCAAAAGAGAUGUCCAUCUGAUGCUCCAAGUUAGAGUUGCUAAGAAGAGGAAUUCUUGAACAGAUCACCAGAUUGCUUGUAGCGCAUGUAUAGACAGACUGCUGCCGAACUGAGAUCUGCACCGCAGUGCUGGCAGAAUGGCCCCCAUUCACGAGACAUUUGGUUGCGUGAGCCUAUGUUUGGACCUUGGAUAAAUCAGGUCCACUGAAUACUUUUGAUGGCACCUCCACUUUGAAUCAAGGGACCUAACCUAUAUAUCAGCACUCAAAUGCGAGCAGCGAUUUUCAGUACAAGAUUGCUCGAUAGUAAUAUUUAGCACACAGACAAGGACAACAAUUUGCAAAGUGGCGAGCUGCACGGCCCAGUGUAUGUUGUGAUAUAGAUAUAUGUACCUGUACUUGGUUAUUUAGAUUUCUAGUUCAAAUAAGUUGUUCCCUCGGCCUGAUAUUGAUAGACACACUUAUGUAAUCUAAGGACAACGAAACAUCAUCUAGGGUUGUGUCUUUUGUCAAUUCUACUUUUUAAAACAGAA